GUAAAUAAAAAGUAAAGUGAUGAGACAAAUAUAAUUUCGUCAUUAAUCGCUACAUAAUCCAAACAUUUUUAUUGUAAAAUCAAACUACUAUUAAUCGUAAAAAAAGCAAUAAUUCUCAACUUAUUUAAAUUUAUAAAUCAGAUUUUUAAGAAUUUUAUUUUUUGCGUUACGACCGCUUUUCAAACAUUUUUUAAUGCCUCCUACAACUGGAAUUCUUGGAACGGAAUCAUCAAAUGAAGCUAAUGUCGAACCAAAUCAUGAUGAAAAUCAAUAUUUACAAUUGAUUAAAAAAAUAAUAGAAACAGGUGUUAAGAAAGGAGAUCGUACCGGAACUGGUACUGUAUCGAUUUUUGGUACUCAAAUGCGUUUCAAUCUUCGAGAUGGAAUAUUCCCUUUAUUGACAACAAAAAGAGUAUUUUGGCGUGCGGUUGUUGAAGAAUUAUUAUGGUUUAUACAUGGUAAAACUGAUGCAAAAUUAUUACAAGAAAAAGGUAUUAAAAUAUGGGAUGGGAAUAGUACCAGAGAGUUUCUUGAUAAAUCCGGUUUCACCGACCGUGAAGUUGGAGAUUUAGGCCCAAUCUAUGGUUUUCAAUGGAGACAUUUUGGUGCUAAAUACGGAACAUGUAAUGAUGAUUACAAUGAAAAAGGUAUCGAUCAAUUGAAAAAUGUUAUUGAUCGAAUAAAAAACGAUCCUACCGACAGAAGAAUAAUUAUGUCGGCUUGGAAUCCAAUAGAUUUACCAGAAAUGGCGUUACCACCAUGUCAUUGUUUUAUACAGUUUUAUGUGUCUAAUGAUGAAUUGUCUUGUCAAAUGUAUCAACGGUCUGCUGAUAUGGGCUUAGGUGUGCCUUUUAAUAUAGCAAGUUACUCGCUCUUGACAUAUAUGAUUGCACAUAUAACAGGCCUUAAACCAGGUGAUUUUGUUCAUACGAUGGGAGAUACUCAUGUCUACUUAAAUCAUAUCGAGCCAUUGAAAGAGCAACUUAAAAGAACACCAAGAGCAUUUCCAAAAUUAAAUAUUAAAAGAAAAAUAGAAAAUAUAGAAGAUUUUAAAUUUGAAGAUUUUGAAAUUAUCGGUUAUAACCCGUAUCCUAAAAUUGCUAUGGAAAUGGCAGUAUAAAAUUUAAAUGUUUAAUAGUUAGUUUCACAUAUAACUUUUGAGUUUGUACCACAGCUUUUUAUGUUCCAAAUCGAUUAAUAUAUUGUAUA